UGCAAAUACUUAUCAGUUGAAACGUGGUCGCCAUGGCAAGAGCAUCUGUACUUGUUUUGUGCGUUUUUGCUAUUCAUUUCGUGACUGGACAAUCUGGACACGCGUAUGAAAUACCAGAUGUGCGAGUGCAAGUGUUUCAACCAAAAGGAUUGAGGAUGUCAAUACCAGACACACCAGGCAUAGGCCUGAUGGCGCUCCAGCUGAAUCUGAACAGAAAAAUAGCUUCCCCAAUCGUCGGCGAGUACAGCGGGGAGGUCCUAUCUCCAGUCAACGGAAGAUGGACUUACGACCUUCCCGACCUAGAGCUGAAGAUGGAUGACGUCAUCAACUAUUAUAUCUUCGUCUCCUUCAACGGGAAAGGAUACCUGAAGGACGACUUGACGUUUAAAGUCAGUAAGUUCGACAAUGAAAUGCAAGAAACCACACUGCCGUCAGUGCAAGAGUGUCGUCCGUCAGUGACCACGGUCCUGGGCAAGCCGGCUCGCUGCGCGGGAGACAUCGUCUUCUAUGACGACUUCGAGUCACUGGACACAGCGUACGUUUGGCAGACGGAACAUAAGAUUGCUUUGGAUCAUCCUGAAUACCCCUUCAUUUCGUACCAGCGGUCAGCGGUGGAAGUCCAGAAAGGCAAUCUAAUCAUAAAGCCGAGGUUACAGCAGACCGAACCUUCUUUCAAUGCUGACAGCAUGUACAGUGGGGCGCUGAAUUUAAACGACUGGUGCACUGGGCCGCCGAUGACGUGUGAGAUGUCCGCGUCGGGGGUCAACGUCCUGCCGCCCGUGCUCUCCGGCAGGAUCACGAAUAAAAACUUCACCUUCAGAUACGGAACCGUCGAGGUCCGGGCCAAGCUACCGCAGGGGGACUGGCUGUAUCCAGAAUUACUUCUGGUUCCGUUUACUCAUAAGUACGGCGUCGCUCCAUAUGCUUCGGGAUUAAUCAAAAUUGCUACAGCCAGAGGCAACUUUAAUCUUUCCAGCAGUUCUCAAGAUUACGGCAAUAAGGUGCUGUAUGGAGGCCCGAUCCUCGAGCGCCGGUGCCGCGACGCGCUCCAGCGCACUCACGCGCUAACGACUGAAGAGUGGGGGAAAGAUUUCCACACCUAUUCUUUGAAAUGGACACCAGACCUCAUAGUAUUGAAAGUAGAUGGCACCGAAUGGUCCCGGUACAGUCCGAGUGACAAGGGCAUGGUGGGACUUUUGCCGGAGAGCUGUCAGACGUCAGCUGUCAGAUACCAGGCCGGAAACAAGAUGGCGCCUUUUGAUCAAGAAUUCACACUAUCCCUGGGCCUAGCUGCGGGCGGCGUGACCGAGUUCCCUGAUCUGCCCCAGAAGCCCUGGAGAGACUCAGCCAGCAAAGCCAAGCUCCACUUCUGGCAAGCCCUGGACUCCUGGUACCAGACCUGGGGACACAACGCUAGGCUUGUCGUGAAUUAUGUGAAAGUUAAUGCUGUUUAGGAUUAAAAUAUGUUUUUGUUUGUUUAGUA